ACAAACGUCAAAUUUGACAUUCGGAGAAAUACAACUCCCCGAAAGAAAUAAGCUAAAUGGAAUUAAACGUUUGAAAAGUUUAAUAUUAAAUAUAAAAUUCAAUUGAAUGAAAGGAUAAUUUAAUAAUUGCAACAAAAUGAGUACUUUACGGGAACGACAGCUCAAUGCUUUGAAGCAAAUGCUGAAUUUAAACCAGCCUCUGACUAAGAGCGUGGCUUGUGAACCUACGUGGAAAGUGUUGAUCUACGACAGAGUAGGUCAAGAUGUGAUAUCUCCUCUCAUAUCUGUCAAGGAGCUUCGGGAACUCGGUGUGACUUUGCAUGUUCAACUGCAUUCUGACCGAGACCCCAUACCAGAAGUACCAGCCGUCUACUUCUGUGCCCCAACCGAGGAGAACCUCGGCCGCAUCUGCCAAGACUUGGACAACGGCACAUAUGACCAGUACCACCUGAACUUCAUAUCACCGAUAACAAGACAGAAACUAGAAGACCUUGCAGCGUCAGCCAUUCAGUCCAAUUCUGCUGUAAACAUUCACAAAGUCUAUGACCAGUAUUUGAACUUCAUUUGUUUGGAAGAUGACCUUUUCAUAAUGAAGCAUCAGCAGUCAGAUUCACUGUCUUAUUAUGCCAUCAACAGAGGUGAUACAAAGGACACUGAAAUGGAAGUAAUCAUGGACAAUAUAGUUGAAAGUUUAUUCUCAGUAUUUGUGACAUUAGGUAAUGUUCCUAUAAUAAGAAGUAGCAAAGGCAAUGCGGCAGAAAUGGUUGCAAAAAAGCUUGACAAAAAACUUAGAGAAAACUUGUGGGAUGCCCGUAACAAUUUAUUUCAUGGCAACACUGGUCAAGUUGGUUCCUUCAGUUUUACUCGGCCUAUGUUGAUAUUGUUGGACAGGAAUAUUGAUAUGGCAACACCAUUACAUCACACCUGGACUUACCAGGCUUUGGCACAUGAUGUCUUAGAUUUAUCUUUGAACAGAGCAGUGGUACCUGAAAACACGAGCCCAACGGUGCAAGACCAAAAAGCAAAGACGCGACUAUGUGACUUGGACUCCAGAGAUCCUCUGUGGUCAGAGCACAAAGGCAGCCCGUUCCCUACUGUUGCAGAGGCUAUUCAAGAAGAUCUCGAUAAAUAUAGGAGUUCAGAAGCCGAAGUGAAGAAGUUAAAGAGUUCCAUGGGUCUGGACGGCGAGAGCGAUCUGGCUCUGAGCAUGGUGAGCGACAACACGCAGCGACUGACCAGCGCCGUCAACUCGCUGCCGCAGCUCAUGGAGAAGAAGCGCCUUAUUGAUAUGCAUACUACUAUUGCUACUGCCAUCCUUAACUCAAUAAAAUCAAGGCGAUUAGAUUCAUUUUUCGAAUUAGAAGAGAAAAUAAUGAGCAAAAGCAGCGGCAUUGAAAGCAAAGCUGUAAUGGACCUCAUUUCGGACCCCAGUGCGGGGACAGCUGAGGACAAAAUGCGGUUGUUCAUCAUAUAUUAUCUGUGCACGUCGCAGAUACCUGAUGAUGAGUACAAGAGGUUCGAACAAGCGCUACAGAGUGCCAACUGCGAUAUCAAACCUAUGGCUUAUAUGAGGCGGUGGAAAGGUUUCACAAAAAUGUCCAGUCAGUACGAAGGCGGUGGUACGAAAACUGUUUCCAUGUUCUCCAAGCUAGUAUCCCAGGGAUCAUCGUUCGUUAUGGAGGGAGUUAAGAACUUAGUUGUGAAGAAACAUAAGUUGCCAGUAAGUCGCGCAGUAGAAGCGGCGCUGAGCGGCGGCGAGGCGGGCACGGAGCUGGCGUGGCUCGACCCCCGCGCCGCGCGCACCGACGCCGCCGCCCGCGCCCGCGCCGCCAAGCAUCCGCCGCCCACCGACGCCGUCGUCUUUGUCGUAGGAGGGGGCAAUUACAUCGAGUACCACAAUCUCAUUGAUUUUGCUAAGCAACAAGCAACGAGUGGUGCUUCUAGGAAAAUCAUUUACGGCGCUACCACCCUCCCGAACGCUUCACAGUUCCUGAAACAACUGUCACUUCUCGGCGAGGAGAUUCAGUAGACAUUCCUCUUACUCUGAUAUUAUAUUCAUAAUGUAUAUUGUAAUAUAAACGUUAUAAAUAAUUUAAAUUAUAAUAAAGAUCGGUGGAUUGUUGUUGGCAAUGAAACGAGUGUCUCAACAA